AUGUCUGCAAAUAAUUCUGUUAUUGUUCCGAUUGUUCAAAUUAACCGCUUCUUUCUUUCUUUCUUUCUUUCGUUUUUCUUUCUUUCUUUUUUCUUUCUUUCUUUUUUCUUUCUUUCUUUUUUCUUUCUUUCUUUUUACUUAUUGUUUUCAAUCGUUCUUUUCCCGAUUCUUUUGCACUUUUUCUUUAUUCUAACUCAAAUACUUUUCCAAAUAAAUAGCUAUCUUUUACUUUCUUUCUUUCGCUCUUUCUUUCAUUCUUUCUUUUUUUUUUUUUCUUUCUUUCUUUCUUUCUUUCUUUCUUUCUUUCUAACUUUCGUUUUUUCUUUCUAUCUUUCUUUCAUUGUUUCAUUCUUUCUUUCAUUCUUUCUUUCAUUCGUUCUUUCGCUCUUUCUUUUUUCUUUCUUUCUCUCAUUCUUUCUUUCUUUCUUUCAUUCUUUCUUUCGUUCUUUCUUUCAUUCUUUCUUUUGUCUUUCUUUCAUUCUUUCUUUCAUUCUUUCUUUCUUUCUUUCAUUCUUUCUUUCUUUCUUUCUUCUCCCUUUGCUUUUCUUUCUGAUUUUUCUUUCUAUCUUUUUUUCAUUCUUUCCAUCUUUCUUUCAUUCUUUCUUUUUUCUUUCUUUCUUUUUCUUUCUUUCAUUCUUUCUUUCUUUCAUUAUUUUUUCUUUCUUUCAUUCAUUCAUUCUUUCAUUCUUUCUUUAUUUUUUCUUUCUUUCGUUCUUUCUUUCAUUCUUACAUUCUUUCUUUCAUUCUUUCUUUCAUUUUUCUUUCUUUCAUUCUUUCUUUCUUUCAUUCUUUUAUGCUUUCUUUAUUUUUUCUUUAUUUCUUUCUUUCUUUUUUCUUUCUUUCUUUCUUUUUUCUUUUCCCUUUGCUUUUCUUUCUGAUGUAAAUUCUUUUCACGAUAUUGCAGUUUUCUUUCUUUCUUUCAUUCUUUUUUAUUCUUUCUUUCAUUCUUCUAUUCCUUCUUUCAUUCUUUCUUUCUUUCAUUCUUUCUUUUUUUUUUCUUUCAUUCUUUUUUCUUUCUUUCUUUCAUUCAUUCAUUCUUUAAUUCUUUCUUUAUUUUUUCUUUCUUUCAUUCUUUCUUUCUUUCUUUCUUUCUUUCUUUCUUUCUUUCUUCUCCCUUUGCUUUUCUUUCUGACGCAGUUUUCUUUCAUUCUUGUCAAAUAUUUCCAGGGAUCUUUUUCCUUCUUCCGUCUUUUUCUAAUUGUUUAUUUCGCCAUUCAUUCAUCUGACUUUCUUUACUCAUUCCUUUCUUUCAUUUCACUUUGUCAUCUAACAUUGAUGUCUUCAUUAAUUGACGUUCUUCUUUCUUUUGUUUUUAUUUUACUUUUUUUCUUAUUUUACUUUUGUUUCUCUUUCUUUCCUUUUUUUCUAUCACGUUGUUUACAUCAUAUUAUCAUUUAUUUUUACCUUCUUGUUUUCACUUUCUCUUCUUUUUUCUUUCUUUCUUUCUUUCUUUCUUUCAUUCUUUCUUACAUUCUUUCGUUCUUUCUUUCUCUCAUUCUUUCUUUCUUUCAUUUUUUAUUUGCUUCUUUCUCUUUGUUUUUCGUCUUUAUUUUUUCUAUACUUCCUUCUUUCUUGGGUUAUUUUGUUCUUUUCUAA